CACACAUUAUACUUUACAGCCUUACACCUUAACACACCUCGGUGCUUCAGCGGCAACUUUUCUUUCUUUUCCAACUUCAACUUCAAUUUCACAUACGACGUAGAGUUAAACAACUCCUCAACGCAUAAUAAAGGAAAAGGAUGUCAUAAGCUCUGUUUUGCUUAUAACACGUCUCCUAUAGUUCCGAAAAAGCUCCAUUUGUGAAUUUCCGCCGGUCGUUCAGCUUACUAACGUUCCCACCAUUCAACGGACGUACUCUCCUCAUACACCAAACCGCGACGAUGGAUAUGCGAAACAACCUCUUCGGCCGAGGACCCCGCAGUGGUCUGCCCGGUCGGCAAGUCCAACAAGACCAAGGCGGCUAUAGCCAAGUCCCCCAAAACCGACCCUCGCGAGACUACGCCGGUCCUCCUGAAUAUGAUCCGAGAGGUGCCCAUGGUGCGCCAUCGCCAGGUUACGGAGGAGCACCUCAGCAGAGGAAUACCCGACCGAGCGCUCCUUCAGGCCGCAAGGUCCAACUCAGAUUAGCGAAAUUAGAGAAAGGCGACCUCGCCCAACAAUACAUUUUCAGCAACAGGUGUGCUGUCUCCCCUCAAGACUUCCCUCCCGAUCCGCACGGCCAGGAUAUACACAUUCUACUGAAUGGAAAUUUUGUGGUGACCGCUCGUCCCACCGAAUACAUCCCACCAGGAUGCAUCAGUUUAUCCGACCCUCAACGAACAUGGUGCGGUAUUAGUAUGACCGACAUCGUUGUUGGUGAAAAAUAUGAAAACAAAGUACCAUUAAGUGCGAUGGAUAUCGAAGUUGGAUUUGCGUCCCAGCGCAAGGUAACAGAUGUUCCAUAUGACCAGGACGAGCUUGCGGACGAUUUCAUCAAAAUGUUCCAGGGCCAGAUAUUUGCCCCUGGCCAGCGAUUAAUCAUGGAUUAUAAAGGGAUACCUCUAAUGUUUGUUGUCAAGACCGUUCAGCUUCUUGAACUACUUGGAAAUGAGAAGGGACAAGCUGCAGAAUCUUCCUCGAGGCCCGACGCUCGAGGACUGCUGUUAGGCAAUACUUCUGAGAUUAGCUUCUUCAAGGAUGCUAAGAAUCCCAUCAAGUUAAAAGGCUCGACGAAGCGGCCCGCCACCAAUGCUAUCCUUCGGCCAGACUUCAAGUUCGCCGAUAUGGGCAUUGGAGGUUUAGAUGAUGAAUUUAGUACGAUCUUCAGACGUGCUUUCGCAUCUCGAGUUUUCCCUCCAGGCCUAGUCGAGCAAAUGGGAAUUUCUCACGUAAAGGGUGUUCUACUAUAUGGUCCGCCAGGAACUGGUAAAACCCUGAUCGCUAGACAAAUCGGAAAGAUGCUCAACGCCCGAGAACCGAAGAUUAUCAACGGUCCGGAAAUUCUUAACAAAUAUGUCGGUCAAUCAGAAGAGAACGUCCGAAAAAUGUUCGCGGACGCCGAGAAAGAGUACAAAGAGAAGGGUGAAGAAAGUGGCUUGCAUAUUAUUAUAUUCGACGAGUUGGACGCUGUCUGCAAACAGAGAGGUAGUGGUUCGGGUGGCACCGGUGUUGGUGACAGCGUGGUGAACCAGCUUCUAUCUAAACUCGAUGGUGUGGACCAACUUAACAACAUAUUACUUAUCGGUAUGACCAACCGAAAGGAUAUGAUCGACGAUGCGUUACUGCGACCAGGGCGUCUUGAGGUACACGUGGAGAUUUCGUUACCUGAUGAGCAUGGUCGAGUACAAAUCUUGAACAUUCACACUGCCAAAAUCAGGGCUAUCAACAAAUUAGGCGACGAUGUCAGCUUAGACGAGUUAGCACACCUAACCAAGAACUAUUCAGGUGCAGAAAUUUCUGGUCUCGUCAAAGCAGCACUUUCAUAUGCUUUUACUAGGCAUACGAAGCUAGGAGACGUUACCGGUGUUCAGGGCAAUCCCCAGGAUGUCAUGCUAACACGAGCCGACUUCAUGAGGGCACUGGAAGACGUCAAGCCGGCCUUUGGUGUUUCUGAGGAAGAGUUGAACAAUGCUGCUCCGUAUGGAAUUAUCGAUUAUAGCCCGCACAUUCAGUCUAUUCUAUCUACGGGUCUCAGCUUCGUUCAAGCAGUUCGGACUUCGGAGAAAUCUCCACUAUUCUCUGUUUUAGUCCAUGGUACCCAAGGGGCUGGAAAGACUGCCCUGGCUGCGGAGAUUGGGUUAAAGUCGGAGUUCCCGUUCGUUAAACUCGUAAGACCAAUCGAUGUCGGUACAAACGAGGGUGCCAAGCUUGAAUACCUGCGUCGCGUAUUCUCCGAUGCCUAUAAAUCUGCUCUUUCUAUAGUGAUUCUCGACAGUGUCGAGAAGAUCAUCGACUGGAACCCUAUCGGACCAAGAUUCUCUAACGCUGUUGUGCAGUACUUGGGUGCUGUACUUGAAACCCGACCGCCCAAGAAUCGUAGACUUCUCAUCAUAGCGACGACAAGCCAGCGGUCAAUGCUGGACCAACACGGGGUAUUCGCGUGGGACCGAGAAAUCGCGGUACCGUCGAUUAAGGACCACCGCGAAUUACAGGCGCUGCUGGCAGCGUCGGGCAAGUUCAACAGCCCCGCCGAUAUCAACGAGGCCCUUAAUGAGUUGCAGACCUUAACCGGUACUCAGGAGGUUGGUAUCGGAGUUAAGGCUGUGUUCUCGGCGCUCGAGACCGCGGCGGUGAGAGAUCCGCUGCCUAUUAGUCUAGCGGAGGAUAUUAGUGCGAUCAUUGCUUCAAGGAAUCCACAAGGGUAUUAGGAGCGAAAGAAGUCGAUGGGCUACAUCACAAAUGAGUGAAGUCUGAUGAUAGAAUAUAGACGGAAGCCUUAGAAUGAGGAUACUGGGGCCUCCUAGCCUCGCUUACUCCGCCCAAGCUUUUCAAAGUGAAUUAAUUGUUUCGGGAUGUAAACUUCCGCAAAGUAGUCGCCCUCUUUGCCCUAAACCUCUAGCGAGGUAGCUCCUAUUUUAAGACGCCAUCUCCACUACCUCGAGAGCGUGGCGACUCACUUUGAUCUCGCUAUUAUUAGGUCUCUAUGCUAGCUAGCCCCUUUCUAGGAAUUCGGAGAGGGUGGGUUAGUUACAGCCCAGCAAGAAGCGCCGGUUGAUAUGCAAAUUCAGUCAGCAUGCACGAUAUUUAUGAUAUUUACUCUCCCUUAUUUCGAGGUCAUUAUUCCUGUUGAAUCCUUCGAUCGUAUGGUUAGGAUGAAGUUGUUGGUGUCUGGUGGCCAAUAAAAGGGGGAGCUGCGUUCUGUUGGUGUGUACUAGAAAAGAGCCUCACAACAUCAACUCUGAAAUAGA